AUGGAGAACGAUGGCAACAACAGAAACGAAGUCUUGCCUUCACAAGCUCUGCAAUCCCUAUCAAUUUCCCCUCAGCCACAGUUGAGCGUCCAAGAGAGGUUCGAAAUAGUAAGGAGCAUUGGUGAAGAGUGCAUUCAGGAAGAUGAGUUGCAGAGAUUAUUGGCCAACAAACCCCAGCCCAUUUGCUAUGACGGGUUUGAACCCUCGGGAAGAAUGCAUAAUGCUCAGGGUGUUAUGAAGGCAAUUAAUGUGAACAAGCUGACUUCUGCUGGCUGCAAAGUGAAGAUAUGGAUUGCAGAUUGGUUUGCUCAAAUGAAAAACAAAAUGGGUGGCGACCUGGAGAAAAUCCAAGUGGUAGGGCAGUACCUGAUCGAGAUAUGGAAAGCUGUGGGGAUGAAUAUUGAAGGAGGUCAGGUCGAAUUUCUAUGGUCUUCUGAGGAGAUCAUUUCUCGGGCUCAUGAGUACUGGCCUCUUGUUUUGGACAUAGCAAUGAGGAACAAGCUUCCUAGGAUAGUCAGAUGUUGUCAAAUUAUGGGCCGUUCAGAGCAAGAUGAAUUAUCUGCGGCUCAGAUCUUCUAUCCUUGCAUGCAGCGAGCUGAUAUUUUUUUCCUUAAGGCCAAUGUGAAUUUGAAAAUAAAGCAAGCAUUCUGCCCCCCAAAAGUUGUGGAAAAGAACCCGUGCCUGGAGUACAUCAAAUUUAUCAUUUCCCCAUGGUUCAAUGAGUUCACAGUCGAGCGAAAACCAGAGAAUGGAGGUGACAAGACUUUCAAGAAUUUUAAAGAUUUAGCCGAUGAUUAUGAAAGUGGGGAAUUGCACCCUGGGGAUCUCAAACCUGCUCUAGCCAAGGCAUUGAACCGGAUUCUACAGGUCUUGUAUAAUAUCCGUCCCCUGUAUGAUGAUGUGAAAAGUUACUGCUAG